UUUCUGCGGGGUAGCAGGAGGCAUUUCUCUACAUCCUGCUGGGACCUUCUAUGCGAGCUAAAUUGCUAUUUGCUAGUACAAACACAGAAGCAGCAGUCUAGCAGACUAACAACAUAGCACGAUCUCAGCUCCAAGAUGGCUCAAACACAACAGAUAGAAGCUCCACCUAACUAUGAAGAGAAGCGAGAUCAAACCAUGGCCCAACAACCACUCCAACAACCGGCUCAACAACCACCCCAACAACCGACUCAACAACCACCCCCCACUGGGCAAGUCUUCUACUCUGCACAGCAGCCGCAGGUGGUCCCCGGCACUGUUUAUCAAAUGCCCUACCAAAUCCCUCAAAUGCAUCAGCAGGUUGAAGCUGCAGUGGGCAAGCCCCCUUACCCUGGACCGAAUGAUUUCCUCAUUUUGAGCCUGGUUACCAUGAUCAUGUGUGGUGUACUCAACAUCACCUCUCUCAUGAUUGGCAUUCCAGGACUUGUGUUUGCAGGCUUGAGCAACCACAAUCGCACAGCCAACAAAAACUAUCACAAUGCCAAGAGGUACUCCAACUAUGCCCUGGGGCUGGUCAUAGCCAACAUCAUCUACACCCUCGUGUUGGGUAUCAUUCUGACUGGAGUUGCCGUGGGAGUAAGUAGAGUUAGUCUCUAUGGCUAUUAUGGCUACUACGGCUGACAGUAUGAAAACAGAACAUUUAUACAAUGAACGUCAUACAUAGGUGAAUGCUAACAAAGUAGCUUAGCCUAUAAUUAUAAUAUAGCUGUAUCAAUCGUAAUCCCAUGUAAUGUUAGCUGUGUACUUGCAUGUGUGUAUGGUUUUUCAUUUAAUGCUGCAAGUUUUGUGCCAUGGCAAUGUAAUGUUUAUAUAAUUAUAACCGUGUAUAUAUAGUAGCAACCCUUCAUGUAUAUACUGAUGGUGAUGAUAGUUGUUAUCGGAAAAUUAA